GGUCUGAAAGGAGGACUCUUAGAAAUUCGAGGGCGGACGGAUCUAAAUGUCAAAAGGGUGGAAGUGAAAGGGUGGUUCUUCUGAGUGACACAGAAGCGGGUCCCUGAUUGUCGGUGAAAUGACUGAGGCUCCGGGGCCCGUCUGGGCGGCUGGGAAGGGGCGGGGGCUCCGUGGAGGGCAGAGGGUGAGGAGCCGCGAGGGGCGGAGGAGCCUGUAGCUGUAGCGCUGGGGGGGUUGGUUCUCACACCCAAGAUGGGGACUAAAGGAGCAAGGCUGCUGUGAAGGAAAGGAGGCGAAGGAGAGGGACCGCGGAGUCUUCCGAUCUCUCUGCCGCCGGCUCCCGGCCCUGCAGCCGCCCGCACCGUGCAGCCAACUCUGGACUCGGCUGGGGCUGGGGUCCGGAAUGAGGUGCCGGGAUGCCGACCUGAGUCGCUCUGCUUUUUCCUUUACGCAGCUGGAGCCCUACAUGGAUGAGAACUUUAUCUCCAGAGCCUUUGCCACCAUGGGGGAAACCGUGAUGAGCGUGAAAAUUAUUCGGAACCGCCUCACUGGGAUCCCAGCCGGCUACUGUUUUGUAGAAUUUGCAGAUUUGGCCACUGCUGAGAAGUGUUUGCAUAAAAUUAAUGGGAAACCCCUUCCAGGAGCCACACCUGCAAAACGUUUUAAACUGAACUAUGCUACUUAUGGAAAACAACCCGAUAACAGCCCUGAGUAUUCCCUCUUUGUGGGAGACCUGACCCCAGAUGUGGAUGAUGGCAUGUUGUAUGAAUUCUUCGUCAAAGUCUACCCAUCCUGUCGGGGAGGCAAGGUGGUUUUGGACCAGACAGGCGUGUCUAAGGGUUAUGGUUUUGUAAAAUUCACAGAUGAACUGGAACAGAAGAGAGCCCUGACAGAGUGCCAGGGAGCAGUGGGACUGGGGUCAAAGCCAGUGCGGCUGAGUGUGGCAAUCCCUAAAGCGAGUCGUGUGAAGCCAGUGGAAUAUAGUCAGAUGUACAGUUACAGCUACAAUCAGUAUUACCAGCAGUAUCAAAACUACUAUGCCCAGUGGGGCUAUGACCAGAACACCGGCAGCUACAGCUACAGCUAUCCCCAGUAUGGUUAUACACAGAGCACCAUGCAGACAUAUGAAGAAGUCGGAGAUGAUGCACUGGAAGACCCCACACCUCAACUGGAUGUAGUGGAAGCCAACAAAGAGUUCAUGGAGCAGAGUGAGGAGCUAUAUGAUGCAUUAAUGGACUGUCACUGGCAGCCUCUGGACACAGUAUCUUCAGAGAUCCCUGCCAUGAUGUAGCCAAGGCAAAGGACAAGCCAGCAUGGACUGCGCAGUGGAAAUGAGACUUUAUCAUUAUUUUUACAAUAGUUUUCACCUUUUUCUGAGAGACUUUUGUUGAUGAUAUUCCUGCUUUCAUCUGAUAGUGAAUUUGAAAACUAAGGACGGAGGAAAAUAGUUCAGCGUAGUAGAGUAUCCCCAAAGUCCCCCCAGUUUUGUCACCAGCACGUAUAUUUUACGCCUACCUGGACUGCAUACCUUUCUUCUUAUAAUUUCAGAGCUAGAGGAAGGAGAGACACCAUAGCACCACCAUGCCUCUUGGGGUGCCAGGCCUUGUGCACGGCUGAAUGCAUACCUUGUCAGGUAUCUCUCCAGCACCAUUAUUAUUUUAACAUUUUCUUUAUUUUUAUUAUUGGAUAGAGAAAAGGAAAUUGAGAGAGGAGGAAGAGAUAGAAAGGAAGAGACAGAGACACCUGCAGCCCUGCUUCAACAUUCAUGAAGCUGCCCCCUGCAGGUGGGGACCAGGGGCUUGAACUCCAGCACCAUUAUUCAUGUGAAAAUUUACAUAAACCCCAAGAAUAAUUUUGUUGUUGAACAUGUUCGCCUUCUAAGUGAAUAGGAUUGAUUAAAUGCAGGAGACAAGUA